GUUGUUUUUGUUUUCGAGUUGGAGGGACGUGUGCGCGCUUCGUCGAACGGAAUUGGUUUUUUUUGUCUGAUUUUUUUUUUGCCGAUUUGCAUAAACUACAACAAAAGAUAAGAAAAGAAAACAAUCAAGUCUGGUGCUUAAAUUGUGCAAUGCAAUAAAUGAAACCCGAAGCUGUGCGCGCCUAAAUAGCAGCAGCAGCAGCAGUCGCCGCCAACAAACCGACAACACCAGCAGCAGCAGCAGCGGUAGAAUAAAACAACAAAAAAUAGCAAAUCAAAAUGGCGCAUCAACAGCAGCAGCAACAACAACUGGCUACAUCUGUGAAUUGUUCAUUGGAUGAUAUCGAUUUGACAGCUCUAAAAGAUCCAGCUGGAAUCUUUGAGCUAAUCGAAGUUGUGGGCAAUGGCACUUAUGGUCAAGUCUAUAAGGGCCGCCAUACAAAGACUGGCCAAUUGGCUGCCAUAAAGGUGAUGGAUGUCACCGAAGAUGAGGAGGAGGAAAUUAAGUUGGAAAUCAAUGUGCUUAAGAAAUACUCAAAUCAUCGCAAUAUUGCCACAUAUUAUGGAGCCUUUAUUAAGAAAUCACCACCGGGCAAGGAUGAUCAACUUUGGCUUGUUAUGGAAUAUUGUGGUGCUGGUUCCGUAACCGAUUUGGUUAAAUCAACAAAAGGACAAAGCCUCAAAGAAGAAUGGAUCGCAUACAUUUGUCGUGAAAUUUUGCGUGGCUUAAGCUAUUUGCAUUCAAAUAAGGUCAUACAUCGCGAUAUCAAAGGACAGAAUGUCUUGCUAACAGAUAAUGCCGAGGUGAAACUAGUGGAUUUUGGUGUCUCAGCGCAAUUGGAUCGUACGAUAGGCAGGCGGAAUACAUUUAUUGGUACUCCCUAUUGGAUGGCUCCUGAGGUCAUUGCCUGCGAUGAGAAUCCCGAUGCCACAUAUGACAAUCGUUCGGAUCUUUGGUCUCUGGGAAUUACGGCCUUGGAAAUGGCUGAGUCACAGCCACCGCUUUGCGAUCUGCAUCCCAUGCGAGCUUUAUUCUUGAUUCCACGCAAUUCACCGCCGCGUCUCAAAUCGAAAAAAUGGUCCAAGAAAUUUCAUGGUUUUAUUGACACGGUGCUAGUCAAGGACUAUCAUCAGCGGCCUUAUACCGAGAAUCUAUUGAAACAUGCCUUCAUUAAGGAUCAGCCAACAGAUCGUCAGGUGCGCAUACAGCUUAAGGAUCACAUCGAUCGCUGCAAGAAACGCAAGCAGGAGAAGGAACGUGAGGAUUAUCGCUAUUCUGGUUCCGAUAACGAUGACGACGAUCCACAAUUGGCCGGCGAGCCAAGCUCCAUUAUCCAGGCACCAGGUGGUGAUACCCUGAGACGUAACUUCCAGCAGAUCCAGGAAGGUCGUUUGGCUGCCGAACAGCAACAGCACCAUCAAUUGAUGGUCCAAGCCCAGGCCCAAGCGGCCGCUGUUCAUGCUGCUGCCCAGGCGCAACUUCAACAGCAGCAACAGGCUGCGGCCGCUGCAGCGGCUCAUGCCGCUCAACAGGCCCAAGCCCAGGCAGCUGCCGCCGCCGCUGCCCAGCAACAACAGGCCCAGGCCCAGGUGCAACAACCGCAGGCGAAUCGUCAACAAAAACCGACAUCGCGUCAGCAGAUCGAAGAGCCUGGCCCACCAGCACGCCCACAAUUGCCACAGCGUUUAAUUGUGGUGCCAGAUCCACCGCAUGCCAAUCGGCCAUUGCCACCGACGCCCAAGUGCGGCAACGGAGGUGGCGGUAGCGGCGAACCAGCCGCAGGUCAAACGCCACAGCAGCAGCAGCGCAAUUCGCAGCAAAAUAAUUCUAGGCCAUCGUUACCACCAAGGAGACCUGAGGAUCAUUUGGAUGUGUUAGCAGCACAAUUAAAUGAAUUGGGCGUGGUCUCCUCUCAACAGCCGCAGCCACAAACGGCCACCGCAGGACAACAGCAGGCUCAACCGGAGGCACCGCCACGCAAUAAUCGUCAAUCAGGCGGAGUCGGAGGAGCAUCCUCAUCGUCAUCGAAGCCGGCAGCUGCCUUGCCACAAUCGAAUAAUCAUUUGGGUCAACCUGUCAAUCCCCUGGAUCCAUUGGAUAGCAGUGAUUCGGAUAGUGAGCCAGAUGAGCCGAAUGAUCGGGCAAGAAACGAUGGCACUUUGCUGGCCAGUGAUCCACCCAAACCACUACCCGAAUUUUCAUAUAGACCCGGUUUGGGACCUGUCUCCGAGGAUAGCUCGACCACAGCAACUACGACACCGUCAGGCCAUGGCAGUGGCGGCCCACCAAAUCGUCCCUUGCCCCCAACGCCCGAUGAUGAUGAUCAGGCUGGAGAUCGCACCCUAAUCUUAAAACGCAUACUAGAUCAGGGUAUAAAUCGCUUGCAAAAAUCAGCCUCGACAUCACAUGCCAAUUUCGAACUUAGUGGAGAAAAGCUACGAGCCGCCUGUGAAGCCAAAUUGUUACGCGAUUGGGAUAUCAAUAGAUUCCUCAAUAAGAAUUCAAAUGCCAGUCAUCAGAAUAAUUCGAGCAGCUGCAGUGGCGGCAGCAGUGGCAGUAGUCCAACUACCACGGCGAGUUUGAAUCGCAGCUCACAGCAAAGCACCUUGAAGGUGGAAACCAAAUUGCAAAGGGCCAGUGUGGCUGAGGCCAUUACUAGGCCAGUGCCCAAAGGAUAUCAUCCAUUGAAGUCCAAUCAAGAUGGAAGUGCCUUUAAUCUUGUCAAAGAAUCAGCUGCCAAAUCAGGAGGAGCAGCUGCAGCAGCAGGAGGAGGAGAAGUAGGAGGAUGGCUUACAGGGGUCUUACCACAAAAACGGAAUCAGGAACCAACAGAUUCUGCGUCCAAAUUGCCAACAAAUUUUGUGCGCGGAUUUCGUCGUGAGAAUUCUGAUUUUUUCCCACUUACCAAGAGGCAUUCAGCUGUCCUAAGUGGUAGUAGUGGAGCUAGUUCAUCGUCCAUUUUUGCCAAUCGAUCGUCCAAAGUGCCACAGCAGCCGCCAUUGGUUCAGGGCCAAAGAACCGGUGCCAUUAGUAGCAGCACCAAAAGGCCAUCGCCAGCAGGAGCAGACAGUUCGGCAGCAACGGCAACAGCAACAGCAGCAGCAGCAGCGACAGCUAAAAAGGAUGUUGGAUCAGCAGCAGCAGCAGCUACCAAGGCGAAAGCAUCCGGUUCGGGUGCAACAGCCACGCCCACCAAAUCCAGUUGGCCAAUAGAUUUUUGGCGUCCGCGUCGCGAAAAGACUGAAUCUGUCAUUGUCCUGCAUAAUGCAGCAGCUCGUGCCCAACAACAGCAACAGAAGCAGCAACAGCAGCAAUGGCCUCAGCCGCCGACGCCGCAGCAACAGCAGCAGAACCGUGGUGGAGGCGGUGGUGGCAGCGGCACCGGCGUUGGAGGAGUCAGUGGCGUCGGAGGCAGCGGCGGCGGGGUCGGUGCAGAUGCCAGUGGCCUUGGUACACCUGGUACACGUACCAGCAGCGUCCUGCCCGAUCUACUCAGUCAGGCAUCGCCAGCAACGCCACCGCGUCAUGAUAAAUCAUCCAGUGAGGAGUAUCAGGCGGCCAUUAGCUCAUCCGUGCAUUCCACGCCAUCGAAAUCGUUUAUAGCCACUAGCUCCAGUUGCAGUUCCAUUGGCGGCGGAUCAAACCAUCAUCAUGGUUUGGGCGGCGGCAGUGUUCUGGCCGGUGUGAUUAUUAAUACCAAUAAUUCACCACAAUCGACCAUAUCGCUGGCCUCGGCCUCAUCCACAUCCACAUCGAAUUCGCGACAGAAUUCACCAAAGAAUUCGAUUAGUAAAACGCGUUCAUCCAGCAGUAUUACUAAUUUAUUGCAUAAAUCUGCUUCUUCCUCUUCUGCGAACAUUCUACAAUUGACGACAACGCCAACAUCAUCAUCAUCAUUGUUAUCAUCAACCAACUCCAACCACAACAACAACAACAAUGCACCAUUACCACCACAUGCCUAUGCAUUGCAACAGAAACAGCGAAGUUUCUUAACUUUCGGUUUCGGUGCCGGCGGUUCGGGACCAACGCGUCGCGAAUCCCAUGUCAAUGUCAAUGUAACACCCACAUCGCAUGAGGUUUCCAAUGAUACACCCGAAAUACGUAAGUAUAAGAAACGCUUCAAUUCGGAAAUCCUAUGCGCCGCCCUAUGGGGAGUCAAUUUGUUAAUUGGCACAGAGAAUGGUCUUAUGCUUCUCGAUCGAUCCGGUCAAGGCAAAGUUUAUCAGCUAAUCUCUCGACGACGUUUCCAACAAAUGGAAGUUCUAGAGGGACAAAAUAUAUUGGUUACCAUAUCUGGUAAAAAGAAUCGUGUGCGCGUCUAUUACUUAUCCUGGUUGAAAUCCAAAAUUCUACGCACCGAUGGUCUAUCCGAUCAAGUGGAAAGACGCAAUGGUUGGAUCAAUGUGGGUGAUCUACAAGGUGCUGUACAUUUUAAGAUUGUCAAAUAUGAGAGGAUUAAGUUCCUAGUGAUUGCAUUAAAAGACUCUAUUGAAAUUUAUGCAUGGGCUCCCAAACCAUAUCACAAAUUUAUGGCAUUUAAGAAUUUUGGUGAAUUGGAACAUCGCCCACUUUUGGUCGAUCUCACAAUUGAAGAUCAAUCGAGACUGAAAGUUAUCUAUGGUUCCGCCGAGGGUUUCCAUGCGGUUGAUUUAGAUUCAGCUGAAGUAUACGAUAUAUAUCUUCCUAAGCAUACUCAGGGUGCAAUCAUUCCGCAUUGUAUUGUGGCGCUUCCAAAUUCAAAUGGCAUGCAAUUACUUUUGUGCUACGACAACGAAGGCGUCUAUGUGAACACUGUGGGUCGUGUUUCUAAGAAUAUUGUGCUACAGUGGGGCGAAAUGCCAACUUCGGUGGCCUACAUUGGCACUGGACAAAUCAUGGGCUGGGGCAAUAAAGCAAUAGAGAUACGUUCCGUUGAGAGCGGCCAUUUGGAUGGUGUGUUUAUGCACAAGAAGGCGCAACGCUUGAAAUUCCUUUGCGAGCGCAAUGACAAAGUAUUCUUCAGCAGUGCCAAAGGUGCUUCAUCGUGUCAAAUCUACUUUAUGACGCUCAACAAGCCGGGCAUGGCCAAUUGGUAAAAAUGAUUUGCCCACUGCUUCUCCAGCCUCCUUCGACACUCACACACACACACACACACAUAUAUACACACACAUCGAUAGAGAAACAAAACAACAAAUGGAAGAAAAAUCAUGCAAAAUUUCUUAAAUUAACAAGAAAUUGAAAGUGCAUAAUGUAAUGUUUAAGUAAAAAGUUAAUGAUAAUGAUGAUGAUGAUAUCCUAUACAAAAAUCACACACACAUAUACACACACACAUGCACCCCUCCACACCAACGAUCUUGAGAACACUGUGCUUAUGAUGGGAAACAAUUUCGAAAAGAAAAUCAAUCGACGACAACGUUUCAAUUAGUAAAUGUGCUAAAAACAAAAAAGAAAACAAAAAAAAUGAAAAUUCAAUCACUAAUAGAAAGCAAAAUAAAACAAAAAACAGUGCCGCAAUUUAGCUAAGCACUUAGAUAGAUAUAUAUAUAAAUAUAUAUAUCGAAAAAGAAAACCAAUUAU